UGGCUCAAGCCGCCGCCCCUGGCGGCCCGUUGUGGCCCACCCCAGGGGGGAACGAGUUCGCCGCGGCCGUGGGCUGCGUGUGCUGCGGCCGUUUUGGCCAAGCUGUAAGGCUCAUGGCGAGAAUUGCGCCAUAUUCGGAGGAUGGCCCGCCCGCACCCGCGCCUGCGACGCCGGGGAAGAAGACCAUGCGCUUGACAGUGGCACCACCAACCAUGCAGGAUCCAGAUCAGAGACCGAGGUCGUGCUGGCGUGCCUUUCGGGAAACUUGCAUCGAGUCGCAGACCGGCCAAGCGGUGAGGAAGUUCAUCCGUGGUAGGCCGUUUACGAUCGUGACGAUGCUCGGGCUGUUUUUAGCUCUCUUCCUCGGGGAGAUCUUCGUCGUGUGCCAGGUCCCUUCGAAUACCGAGCAGGACGUGGUACUUACGAUCGUGUUCGCCCUCUUCGUUUUUGAAUGGGUAGGGCUGACAUUGACGGAUGCCAACUAUCUCUUUGGCUUUUUCUUCCUAAUGGACCUACUGGGCACUGCCUCCAUGGUGCUCGACAUCAGCUACAUGGCUGGUCCAGAUGCAAUGGCAAUUGAAGAGGUCACCGAAGGUGCCAACCAAGACAAUGUCAUCGUGGUGCGCGCUGCGCGCGCGGCAAAGCUGGGUGCACGCGCCGGGCGUUUGAGCAGAGCGGUGAAGUUAUUGAAGAUGCUGCCGGGGAUGUCCACCAAGGAGGAUGCCUCAAAGGUGAAGAUUGCACGCGUGAUCUCCAACCAGCUGAAUACGGUCCUUUCCACCCGAGUGGCGUUCUUGACCAUUAUCACGGUGGUGGGCUUGCCCAUGUUCCAGAUUUGGCAGUAUCCUGAGAUGGAUGAUUCCAUGGGCACUUGGGCCGAGUUGCUGGAUCGGAACGCCAUGCACUUCAAGCAGGCCGCCAACAGCACCGUAGCGCUCCAGCAGCAAAUUUGGCUGCAGAGCGAGGUGGAUCGGAUGAUGGCGUCCUACCAAGGCUUUAGCUACGGACCCUUCAAAGUGUGCUAUGGAGAUCUGAGCAGCAACAGCGUCUUCCAGUGCCGUCCGGAUUUGCUGACCUUGAACUACACCAGCAAGUUCGACACGCCAGACCGGCUCGCCUCCAUCCGGCAGUUCUCGCAGGAGACGAUUCAGCUCUCCUUCAACUUGGUGGCACCAAAACAAGAGGAAAGCCUAGCGGGCAUGGGCUUGCUUUGCUUUGUAGUCUUGGUGAUGUGCGUCUUCGGCUUGCUGAUGAGUCAAUCCAUCAGUACCGUGGCGCUUCUACCGUUGGAACGCAUGCUUUCGGUGGUUCGCCAGCGAUGUCAGCAGAUCUUCAAGUACACGACGGACUUGAAAGAUGAUGAUGAGUCAGAGGAUGAGGAUGAUGACGAUCAGGAGCUGGAACAGAGCAGCGAGUUCAUGCUGCUGGAGAAGGUGGUGAAAAAGUUGGCCGCCAUCGCUCACCUCUCCUCCGUGGCUGGGGAACCCGAAGUCAAGGAGAACAUGACGGAGAAUGAGAUCAUGACUCUGAACUGGCUUCAAGGUGCAAGCAUUGCCAAUGGCAGGCGUCCGGGCUUGACUGAAGGCGAUGAAGACAAGAGUACCUCGAUGAUGCCGACGCCACGUGGCAAGGACCUGUCGGCCAUCACAGCCAAGAUCCCGGCCAAUACCUUGGAGGAGCUGAACACGCCCGAUUUCAACGCGCUAAGCCAAACGGUGGAGCUUAAGAUUGCCAUUGGCACGUAUGUGGUUUGGGUCCACGAGGGGUGCGUGGCUUGGGUCCGUGACAAUGUUCCAGAGACCACUCUCUUCAAGUUUAUGACCGCAUGCGAGGCGAAGUAUCCUUCGGAAAAUCCCUUUCACAACUUCUCCCAUGGCCUGGACGUACUUUACAACGUCUCACGCUUUUGUAGACUAGCAAACUUGCAAUCCACCUUCACGGACACUUCUCAGUUUUGGCUGCUCAUUGCAGCCGCCGGCCACGACCUGGGCCAUUUGGGUGUCAACAACCAGUUUCUGGUGGAGACCAACCACGACGUGGCGGUGAAGUACAACGACCGCUCGCCGCUGGAGAACAUGCACUGUGCCAUGCUCUUCCAAGUAGCCCACUCAUCGCCGGAGACGAACGUCUUCGGCAAUGUGGACAAGGACACAUAUAAAGAAAUGCGUAAAGGGAUUAUUGCCGCCAUCCUCCAUACGGACAUGGUGAAGCAUAAUGAGAUGAUCAAGGAGUUGAGUCUCCUGUACCAGAUGAACUCUGACGCCCUGGACAGUCUGAAGCCGGAAAGCGUGAUCAAAAGCUCGGCUGGGACGUGCCAGACUCUGAUGAAUGCCCUGUUGCAUUGCGCGGACAUCGGGAAUCCGAUGAAGCCGUGGGAGAUCUGUUAUGAGCUGGCUCACUUGUGCUUAGAUGAGUUCUUUGCACAGGGAGACAUGGAGAAAGAGAGAGGCAUCCCAGUGCAGAUGCUGAAUGACCGGGAGAAGGUCAAUAGACCCAACUCACAGGUGGGCUUCAUCGAGUUUGUGAUUUGUCCCAUGGCGGAGUCCAUUACCAACAUCUUCCCACAGCUUGAUCACUUGGCGCAUCACUUGGGCAUUAAUGUGCAGAAUUGGCUUCAACUGUGGAUCGAGGAGGCCUCGCCUCCUGAGGAGCAGUCCGCAAAGGUGUCUGAGCGCGUUCGACGCGUGGUGCUACGAUUGAAGAUGGUGAUGCGGGAAGAACGCGGCAUUCCCGUUUCAGACUAGGUGCACUGAUGCCGGUGUUUUUUCAGCUCCGGCACUGCGAGAAGAUCACUGUUUGGCCACUAGUUAAGUUUGGAU